CUCGGCCCGGUCCGCUCCGCUCCGGUUUCGGACCGUAAUCUUUUGUUUUGAUGGGAUUAAAGUUGUCCGAUCAUCAUGGGGGACCGAGCCGAGCCGCUGCGGGUUCUGUACCGGCUCCGAUCCGGUUCCGCUGCGGCUCUGUCAGCCGGUUUAUCUGAGGUCACAGUGAACCCGAUGAACCCCUCGGUUUUUGCGCGCGCACGUGUGUUUAUGUGCGGAUGCAGGACUACACGUGCCUGCACGUGUGUGCGCGCGCGCUCUAACAACAGUUGCAUCUCUGCAAUGCAUCCAUUCAUCCCAGAAAGUUUGCAGGUGUUUGAUGGUUUCACUGGUUUCCUUUGUUUCUGAACAGGAAAUAUCGAUCCGUUGAUUUUUCUCUAAAAAAAUAUCCUAAAAAAUCAAAUUUCACAUGAUGUCCUCUUUGUUUUUCAGUUGAAAUAAAAACGUCCACCUCGGCCAGACUAGUUUUUUUAAUCACAUAAUGAUUUAUUCGAAUGCUGACAUAGCUUUAAAAGAUAUAUUUAAGCCUGAUUAAAAAUAUUUGUUAUGUAUAUUUUAUUGCCUAGUUGUUUUUAAAAUCAAUAUAAUGUUUGUUGCAAGUCUUUUUUAUGAUGAAUUUGUCACUUGAUGCUGAAAAUUGUUUAAAACCUUCUUGUCUCCAUGUUGGUCUGAGCUGUGAUGAUUGAUGCAAACUCCCCCUGGAAACAAAGACAGAAGUCUUUGAUCCGAACAGGAAGUGAAAAACAAACUAAAAAAGGGCUUAAGGUGGCGAUCAGGAGCUGCUCUGCGGUCCUGAUGGAUCGAUUCAGUUGGUCGAUCUUGUGAAUAAAGACGCGUCGGCGCUGGCGGCCAUGGAGCAGAGGCCGUGCAUCGAGUACCACGACCUCGAGGCCGCCGAGGCGCUGGUCAGCAUGAGCUUCUGGUGUCAGAGGCCUCCUAAGCCCCGCCCGCUGACGCCCACCUCAGACUCCUGCGACUCCAUCCAGCUCCACCCGGAGGGAGGGGACCCUCCCAAAGAUCUGAUCGCUCUGUCGUCCCUGUGCAUGACUCCGCCUCACAGUCCGAGCUUCGCCGAAGCGUCCACCACGACUGUCCUCAGCACCACCUCUGCACUUAGCCCCGCCUCCAGACAGCUCUUACCUCGCCCUGCCUGCCCCCCACAGCCCUGCUCCUCCCCCAUCUCCCCAGAGAUCUCCACCUUUCCACCUCAUGUGGAGUUGGCUCCGCCCAGCAAGGCGAUGGCCACCAGCGUCAUUCGCCACACAGCCGACAGUCUCGGCGUUCCCGCGCCGCCGCCCGCCUCCCCGGAGGCAGAAACCUCCACGCCAGCUCAACCGGAAACCCCAGAGUUGCCUCCCGCGGAGAAGAGCGGACCUCCUUCGUCGUCUCCGGUGCAUUCCGCUCCGCUGUCUUCCUCCGCCAUUCCAUCUUCUCCGGUUCUUUGUCAGGUGUUCCCCGUCAGCAGCCAGACGGGAAUGAUUUCCGCCUUCGUCCAGGCUCCGGUUCAGGUGCAGACUCAGUGCGGACCCAAGCCCAUCCUCCCCCAGUCUCCUCCGCCUACCUUCACCCAACCACUGCUGGUGGGCUCCACCGUCCCGCAGGGGGCCGUCAUGUUUGUGGUCCCCCAGGGACACAUGUCCCAGACGACGCAGGGUCCUCAGACUGUAAUGACCCUUGGCAACACCAAGCUCCUCCCCCUGGCGCCCGCCCCCGUUUAUAUGCCGUCGGGAACGACCAAUGGCGCAUCGCAGGCAGACUUCUCCCGCCGGCGGAACUAUGUGUGCACCUUCCCAGGCUGCAAGAAGACGUACUUUAAGAGUUCACACUUGAAGGCUCACCUGCGUACCCACACAGGGGAGAAGCCAUUCAGCUGUCACUGGGAGGGCUGCGACAAGAGAUUCGCCCGCUCCGAUGAGCUGUCCCGCCACCGCCGGACGCACACGGGGGAGAAGAAGUUCGUCUGCACCGUUUGCGAGCGGCGCUUCAUGCGCAGCGACCACUUGACCAAACACGCCCGGCGGCACAUGUCGACCAAAAGGGCGUCGGCGUGGCCCGCCGAAACAAGAGACCUCAUCAAAGGAGCCGCGCCCAAGAGCCAAAACAAAGGCCCCGCACUUCCUGUUGGCGUGCUAGUUCCGGCCGCCAACUGAAAAGACUAGCGGAGACCAUAGGGCCAACUCAGGACUCCCGAAGGGUUAGGAUCAGCUCCACCAGGAUCGUCUUAAGGCCCCCGGCUACGUUUACAGACAUCAGAACAGGGUCCGAAAAACUGCGUCGAACCGAGAUCAAGAACUUCCUGUAAAGACGUCCGUCCCCCGUCAUGGAGGAAGCGCUACGACCUCUUAAUCAGACCGAAGUAGCGCUUCAUCUACGCACCACAGUCACUCCAGACAUUUUCAAACAUCUGUAUAAGAUCCGAGCGCUGCCAUAACCCGGACACACAGCUUUUCCGCUCUACUCAGGACAUUCUGCUCCCACAACCACGAAACUCGCUGCAAACGGAAGGAGGAGGACAUGAAGGCUGCUACUCAUCCACACACAGAAACCCACAAAAACCUGACUUUGCACUGGAUUUUUAAAGCUAAAAAUCUUACCUUUUUAUACUCUCUCCAUGUAUGAUGUUUACUUCAUGUGUAUAUGUCACAUUUAGCAAAACGUAUGCACACGAUUUAUUGUUUGCCAAAGCUUCUGUAUCGUGCUUCUGUUACUAGCCGACUUCUGUUUGUUUUUUGUUUUUUUUUUGUACAUAAUGUAAAUAUACUGAUAUCUAUAUGAAUGUUACAUGUAUUCCAGUCUCCAUUUAUUGAUAUUUCUUUUU